AUGGAGAAGAAAAGGGGCGGAACUGAAAAGAAGCGAGAAGAGAUGAGCGGGCUCGAAGUGGCUCACAAGAGAAGUAGUGGCGAGUGGCCUGAGAGAGACACGGCAGCUGCAGCUCCAGGAUUUGCUUCCAUGAAUCUUCCUCACGACGCAGCUACGUCCAUGGAAGAUGCUGCCAAGUAUAUUUCAGGCCAAGGGACAGAGGCUUGGGAUAUGAGAAUGGCAGGGAUGGGUUCGGAAAGGGGUUCCCAGAGCAUAUACUGGGACGAAGAGGAGCUGUUUAACAUGCCAGCCCUGAUGAAUAGCAUGGCAGAGGGGUUGAUCAUCCCACCACCCGCCCUGCAGACAGGCUUCAAUUGGCUCCCUCCCGAAGCUCCCUUCCCCUUCACUCUGUGGACUGACUGA